UAUCUGAUACAGUAUAUAUAUUAAUAUCGGUUCUAACCAUGCUCAGUUAGUAUCUCCUUGGCAUCGCCCGCAUCCAGUACUCUAGUCUGGAGUUGCUUGUCUCUUUUCCCCGGCAGAUAAACAAUAAUUGCUCUGCUCUUCUCCGCUAUGGAACUUGGAUAGAAAAGCCACAAUACUACUUACUCACCACCUAGUUUCUCUGCCCGCCACGUCCAACCCAUUCGAACACGAGCACAUUCCAUUAUCACCACCAUGGCUGCUCCGCACUAUCGCAAAAUCGAGCUGCAAUCCCCCGCUGACCUCUCCUACCUCUACACCAACACCCUUGCGCUCUCCCGCCGCAAGCUCGAUCUGCAUCUUCCCCCCUCCGCCAGCGGCAAUGAUCCGGAUCCCAUGCGCGAGCGCGUCAGAGAACUAGUCGACGAGUUCAUCAACCGCACAUUCACGACCGCAUCAUCCUCAAUCGAAAUAAACGGUCUCGACUCCUCCUCUGCCCAAUUCCCAUUUCCAACCUCCUUCACCACACCAGAGACAGUUGAAUACGAGCCCUACGACGGAAAGCUCGCCUCGCGCCUCACAUCGCUCUACGCGCAGCUAGAGUCCCUAACUACUACCGUCGCGCAAUUGCGUCGAGACGCGCCCGGACGAGCUGCCAAGAACUACGCGCAGGAAUUGAAGAAUGCUUUACGGGAAGAUGACGAGGAGUUUGAGAAGGAAGAACUUGCCGAUGAGAGGGAACAGGAUGAUGCGGAUUUGCAGAUGACAGACGCGCCUAAGACGGAAGAUGAAUCGAGUAAUAAUGAUAAUGACAAUACUCAGAACCAGAACCAGGGUAUCUCCAGUACGACACAAAGGCCACUACGGCGCAGUCCACGCAUCAAAAGGGAGUGGAAGCUCUCCGUGCCCCUCGGCACCGCAGAGGAAGAAGCCCGCUGGCGGAACGGGGAAAUGGCAGAAGUAUACAGCGACGCAUUACGGACGCUUCUCCGACUACAAGGCGAGGCUGUGGUUGGCGAUGAGCACGAUGAAUCAGACUCUACUUCUUCCUCCUCCUCUAGAGGCAUCAAGGCUCUGGCCACGACGUUGGGCAAAGCAGAAAGAGCUGGUCGCGCGGCAGAUGUCGUCGAACAUAUGUGAUGGGCCAUUGUUUCUUUUUUCUUUUUAUUACGGAAAAAAAGAAAGAAAGAAAGAAACAUCACUUCUAUUUCGACACGAAACCGAAACUCGACCCCAGGCAGGCACAUGAUCAUUUGGGGUUUCCUCUGGAGUCUGGAUAUGGAUUUUGGCUUUCCUUUUUUUUUUUCCUUUCCUUUCCAGGACAGACCGCUUUUCCAUUGAAUUGUACAGUACAUAGUUUCCUUCUUCCUGGACGGACUGAUAACUAUGGCUGUUUGUGAGGUUUUACCAGGCAGAAAAAAGGCGAACAAGGCGUUUCCGGACUUACAAUUGCAGAUAUCCCUUUGAGAAGAAUUGAAGAUACCAAAAUCAAGUCAUAUCAAAUUAAUGCUCAAGACUUUUCUUUCUUUCUUUUUUUCCCCCUCGUUUAUCAUAAAUAAAGA